AUAUAUAUAUUUAAAUAAAAUUGGUGUGUACUAAAAGAGGCGAGGAUUUUGUGUGGCUAUGCGGAUGCUAUAUAAGUUUGGAAUUCCAUGCGACACAGAAGGCCACGUAGAGGAAGACGCAAGCAAAGAGAGAAAGCGAUCCCUAUUCCCUAUGGCGGGGCAAUCUCGGAAGUGGAUGAUCUUGGUUGCCACCAUAUGGAUUCAGGCCUUCACCGGCACCAACUUCGAUUUCUCCGACUACUCCUCCUCCCUCAAAUCCUCCCUCAACAUCUCCCAGGUGCAGCUCAACUACCUCGCCACCGCCAGCGACAUCGGCAAGCUCUUCGGCUGGUCCUCCGGCCUCGCCCUCAUGUACUUUCCCCUCUCUCUCGUUCUCCUCGUUGCUUCCUUCAUGGGCCUCGUCGGUUACGGCCUCCAGUGGCUCGCCAUCCAGGACAUCAUCACCCUGCCCUAUCCUAUGUUCUUUCUUCUGUGUCUGUUGAGUGGCUGUAGCAUCUGUUGGUUCAACACAGUGUGUUUUGUUCUCUGCAUUAGGAAUUUCCCGGUUAACAGACCCCUUGCAUUAUCACUCACAGUGAGUUUCAAUGGUGUGAGUGCAGCACUCUACACACUGGCUGCCAAUUCAAUAGACCCUUCAUCUGAUACACUGUAUCUUCUCUUGAAUGCCCUUGUUCCCCUUCUCACUUCCCUUGUAGCACUAGUCCCAAUUCUUCUCCAACCCCCUUUAAACUCCCUCUCUAGAUCUCCAGAGGCUGCUCGCAGAAACUCAGUGAUAUUUCUCAUACUCAACUUCUUAGCCAUUUUCACUGGCACUUACCUCCUCCUCUUUGCCUCAUCAAAUUCUGAUGAAGCCACAUCGAGACUCUACUUUGGUGGUGCCAUUUUUCUCCUCGUAUCCCCACUAUGUAUCCCUGGUACCAUAUAUGCUCGAGACUGGUUUCACCAAGCCAUCCAUUACAGCUUUCGGUUGGAAGGCUCUGGCUUCAUUCUUGUUCAUGUUGAUGAUCUUGAGCUUCAUAAGGAACUCCUCACCCGUCAAAGCAGUGCUCUCAGCAAUGGAGAUGGUCACAGCCUACUAGGUGAGAAUGAAUCAAUGUAUGGAAGUCAGAGGGCAAAAUCUAGCAAUGUUGGUUGUGAGAAGAUGCUAGGUCAGGAUCAGUUGGUAAUGCUAGGAGAAGAGCACCCUGCUGCAGUGGUUGUCAAAAGGUUGGAUUUCUGGCUCUAUUAUGUUGCAUACUUCUGCGGAGGCACAAUUGGUCUUGUCUACAGCAAUAAUCUAGGACAGAUAGCUCAAUCUUUAGGCCAGAGUUCAAGUAUAUCUACCCUUGUCACACUAUACUCCGCAUUUUCCUUCUUUGGCCGUUUGCUUUCAGCUGUACCAGACUAUAUUCGGAAUAAGUUCUACUUUGCAAGGACCGGAUGGCUAGCCAUUGCGCUGGUUCCAACCCCAGUUGCGUUUAUAGUUCUUGCUGCAUCAGACAGUGCUGCAGCACUUAACACAGGCACUGCACUGAUUGGUUUGAGUUCUGGUUUCAUAUUUGCGGCUGCUGUGGCAGUUACAUCUGAGCUAUUUGGACCCAACAGUGUGAGCGUCAAUCACAACAUUCUCAUAACAAACAUCCCAAUUGGGUCGCUUCUGUAUGGUUUUCUGGCUGCAUUGGUUUAUGAUAUGCAUGCUCAGUCAACCUCGGGAGACAUGAUGGCUGACUCACUGGUGUGCAUGGGAAGGAAGUGCUAUUUCUGGACAUUUGUCUGGUGGGGAGGAGUGUCUGUCGUAGGACUAGCUUCUAGUGUGUUGUUGUUCCUAAGAACCAAAUACGCAUAUGAUCAUUUUGAGAGACACAGAAUUUCAGCAUCGAGUCUGUCUUAGCUUUUGGUGCUGCAGAAACAUGAAUAUGUGGUAUGCUUUGGGAGGCAGAGCUAAAGCAAGGGCGAGUGAGGACUUUGCUUCUCUCUAUGACAAUGCACCAAACAGGCAAACAAUUAGAAACAAAACUAGUAAAUAAGGAUGGAAAGCUUUGGAAGCAUUUGAGGUUUGAUAUGAGACGAUGAAAAUGUGGAUCUUCAUGAAGUUUUGUCACCUUGAAUUGGGUCAACGUGAGCAGAUAAACAUUCUGCUUUGUACAUAUUAUGUUUUAUAGUAGCCUAUGAAGAAGCAGAAGGCAGAAUGUAUAUAUUGGAAAAUAUGUAAUAUAGAAAAAUAUUGGAAAACAUAAUAAAAGACAAAAGUUAUUUGAAAA